UCUACCCCGAAGCCUUAGCGCAGCUUCCGGUUCCACAGCUAUGGAGUUUCUUCUUCUUUAGUAUGCUGAUUCUGCUGAUUUUGGAUUCACUGUUUUCAAUGGUGGAAACUGUAAUAUCUGGAAUCAUGGACCAGUAUCCCUUUCUGCUGAAGUGGAGGAUGCAUGUGACCCUUGGCUACUGCAUCACUUCCUUUUUGAUCGGAAUCAUAUUUACCACUGAGGGCGGAAUGUACGUUUACCAGCUUGAAGACUGGUACAUUUCUACCAUCUUCAUCACCUUUGCUGGGUUUCUGGAGUGCAUUACUCUCGGAUGGAUAUACGGGGUGAAUCGUUUCAGUGCAGAUAUUGAACUCAUGAUAGGACGACCUGCUCCGUUGUUCUUCAAAAUUUCAUGGCGAUAUAUCACACCUAUAAUGCUGCUGAUAUUGCUCAUAUCAACUCUGAUGAUGUACAAGCCCCCGACAUAUGGCAGCUAUGUUUAUCCUGAAUACGCUGCUUCCAUUGGCUGGAUCAUUGCAAGCGUUUCGUGUGUUCCAUUUGUUGUAUUGGCAUUUCUGGCUGUCUAUAGACAAAAGGGAACCGUGCUGCAGAGAUUCAAAAGAUCACUGGAGCCUGCGACUACCUGGGUUCCUGCCAAAUCAUCAUAUCGUGUAUUGUAUCACGCUGUAAACAACAGGGACGAUACAGCAAACUGAACUUUUACAAGAUGACAAAGUCGUAUUCACUGUGAAUUG